AGAUGUGCUGUAUGCUCGGACGCCACAUCUGGGCGGCAGUCAGAAACAGACGUGACGCACUGGUGUAAAUGGAAGGUGAUUCAGUGAGGAGCCGCUCUGGCUUUGACUGUCGCAGAGGAAGGUUGGGGCUCUGAAUGGUGCUGUGAAAAAAGGCUGCAGAGCUGCGUGUGGGUCUGUGUGUGUGUGCGUGUGUGUGUGUGUGUGUGUGUGUGUCACAUUACUACGCAGUGUUGAGAGGUGUGACGGACGCUUGUGAAAUUCCUGGCCAUGUUUGAGGCUUUAAGGAUCCUUACGUCACACGACUGCUCCCUGAUGAGCUGGGAUGAGUCAGUCCUGCGGGCCCAGAGACCAGGUGUGCUGAUGGGACCUGCUGCACCGCCAUGAGUCUACCAGAUGGCGGCUGCAGCUACGCCAGCAGCGCCAACGCGGCCGCCGCCGCCGCCGUCUGCGGCAGCAUGCGGCGCCGCCUGGAGGACCAGGAGUUCGCCCUGCGCGUCUACCCGGGCGCCCUGGCCGAGGGCACCAUCUACUGCCCCGUCGGCGGCCGCAAGAACACCACGGCCGCCGAGGCCAUCGAGUGCCUCAUCGAGCGGCUGCGCCUGGACCGCACCAAGUGCUACGUGCUGGCCGAGGUGAAGGAGUUCGGCGGCGAGGAGUGGGUCCUGAACCCCGGCGACUGCCCCGUCCAGCGGAUGAUGCUGUGGCCGCGCAGCGCCCUGGAGAACCGCGGCGGCCUGGGCAGCGGCGACGACUACCGCUUCCUCCUGCGCGAGAAGAACCUGGACGGGUCCAUCCACUACGGCGGCAGCCUGCAGAUGUGGCUGCGGGUGACCGAGGAGCGGCGGCGCCUGGUGGAGCGGGGUUUCCUCCCCCAGCCCGCCGGGAGCGACCCCCCCGCCGACCUCUGCGCCCUGCCGGAGCUGACGGAGCGCGCCAUCCUGGAGAGCCUGCGCGCGCGCUUCCGCCAGGAGAAGAUCUACACCUACAUCGGGAGCAUUCUCAUUGUGAUUAACCCCUUCCAGUUCCUGCCCGUCUACAACCCCAAGUACGUCAAGCUGUACGACAACCACACGCUGGGGAAGCUGGAGCCCCACAUCUACGCCGUGGCGGACGUGGCGUACCACGCCAUGCUGCAGCGGCGCAAGAACCAGUGCAUAGUCAUUUCCGGCGAGAGCGGGUCGGGGAAGACCCAGAGCACCAACUUCCUCAUCCAUCACCUGACCGCACUCAGCCAGAAGGGGUUCGCCAGCGGGGUGGAGCAGAUCAUCCUGGGGGCGGGGCCAGUGCUGGAGGCCUUUGGAAACGCGAAGACGGCUCACAACAACAACUCCAGCCGCUUCGGCAAGUUCAUCCAGGUCAACUACCAGGAGAGUGGCACAGUCAGAGGAGCCUAUGUGGAGAAGUACCUGCUGGAGAAAUCCCGUCUGGUGUACCAGGAGCACAACGAGAGGAACUACCAUGUCUUCUACUACCUGUUGGCCGGAGCCAGCGACGACGAGAGGAAGUCCUUCCACCUGCUGAAACCUGAGGAAUACCACUACCUCAACCAGAUGACAAAGAAAUCGCACAAACUCCACUGGGACAAUUACUAUGAGAGCGAGCUGCAGGACUGCUUCACCGUGGACGGAGAGGAUCUGAAGCACGACUUCGAGCGCCUGCAGCUGGCGAUGGAGAUGGUCGGCUUCCUGCCCACGACGCGCAAACAGAUUUUCUCCCUGCUGUCAGCAAUCCUCCACCUGGGGAACAUCCGCUACAAGAAGAAGACCUACAGGGAGGAUUCCAUCGACAUCUGCAACCCGGAGGUGCUGCCCAUCGUCUCAGAGCUGCUGGAGGUCAAAGAGGAGGUGCUGCUGGAGGCGCUGACCACCAGGAAGACGGUGACCGUGGGGGAGAGGCUCAUCGUGCCCUACAAACUCGCAGAGGCGGGCACGGUGAGGGACUCCAUGGCCAAGUCCCUGUACAGCGCGCUGUUUGACUGGAUCGUGUUCAGGACCAACCACGCGCUGCUGAACAACAAGGACCUGGAGGACAACUCAAAGAUUCUGUCGAUCGGGGUCCUGGACAUCUUCGGCUUCGAGGACUACGAGAACAACAGCUUCGAGCAGUUCUGCAUCAACUUCGCCAACGAGCGGCUGCAGCACUACUUCAACCAGCACAUCUUCAAACUGGAGCAGGAGGAGUACAGGGCAGAGGGCAUCAACUGGCACAACAUCGAGUACAUCGACAACAGCGGCUGCCUCAACCUCAUCAGCAAGAAGCCCACAGCGCUGUUCCACCUGCUGGACGAGGAGUGCAAUUUCCCUCAGGCCUCCAACCAGACCUUGCUGGACAAGUUCAAGCGACAGCAUGAAGGAAACAGCUACAUCGAGUUCCCGGCCGUCAUGGAGCCCGCCUUCAUCAUCCGGCACUACGCCGGCAAAGUCAAGUACGGAGUCAAGGACUUCAGGGAGAAGAACACCGACCACAUGCGCCCCGACAUCGUGGCCUUGCUCAAGAGCAGCAAGAACGCCUUCGUCUGCAGCCUGAUGGGAAUCGACCCCGUGGCGACCUUCCGCUGGGCCGUGCUGCGGGCCUACUUCAGAGCCCUGGUGGCUUUCAGGGAGGCCGGCCGCAGACACACCCACAAGAAGAGUGGGAACGAGGCGGCGGUUCCCUGUGCUGUCGUCAAAACUGUCGACAGCUUCAGUUUCCUUCAUCACCCGGUUCACCAGAGGAGCCUCGAGAUCCUCCAGAGGUGCAAAGACGAGAAGUACAGCAUCAGCAGGAGGAACCCGCGGACGCCUCUGUCAGAUCUCCAAGGGACCAACGCCCUGAACGAGAAGGCCAGCUGGGAUGGCUACGGCGUCGGCUGCAACGGUCGCAGCUCCCGGUCCGGCCGUCUGUCGACCACAGGAAGUCCCGCCCUGGAGGAAGACGGCAUCUUCCUCAACUCGACCAGCAGCAAGCUCCUGGAGAGGGCGCAGGGCAUCCUCCUGAGGAACAAGAACGUCAAAACCAAGCCGAGCCUCCCGAAGCACUUGCUGGACGUGAAGUCUCUGCGAUACCUGAGCAGCGUGACGCUCCACGACCGCAUCACCAAGUCCCUGCUCCACCUGCACAAGAAGAAGAAGCCGCCCAGCAUCAGCGCCCAGUUCCAGGCGUCCCUCAACAAGCUGAUGGAGACCCUCGACCAGUCAGAGCCAUACUUUGUCAAAUGUAUUCGCUCCAACGCCGAUAAGCUGCCGCUGCGCUUCAGCGACAGCCUGGUGCUGAGGCAGCUCAGGUACACGGGCAUGCUGGAGACGGUCCGGAUCCGACAGUCAGGGUACAGCAUCAAGUACACCUUCCAGGACUUUGUGCGUCACUUUCACGUGCUGCUGCCCCGAGACACCAGCGCGACCAAGUCGGGCAUCAGGGAGUUCUUCAGGCGGAUCCACCUGCCGCCCGCCGGCUACCAAGUGGGCAACACCAUGGUGUUCCUGCGGGAGGCGGAGCGCCAGCGCCUGCAGGCCCUCCUCCACCAGGAGGUGUUGCGUCGCAUCGUCACGCUGCAGCGCCGCUUCAGGGCCGUGCUGGAGAGGAAGCGCUUUGUGGACGUGAGGCGAGCCGCCUUCGUCAUCCAGCGGUGGUGGCGGGUCCGCCUCCUCAGGCAGUCCUCCGUGGACUCGGCGGAUGAGGAGGAGGCGGCGGUGUGCCUGCAGGCGGCCUGGAGGAGCUACAGGGAGCGCAGGAGGUUCCUGGAGCGGCGGGAGUCCGCCCUGGUCCUCCAGAGGAGCUGGAGGCGGCGCUGCCGACGCAGGUGUGCGGCGGCCGUGACGGUGCAGGCGGCUUGGAGGGGGUUCAGGGAGCGGAGGAGCUACUCCCGGACCCGCGGAGCUCUGACCCGGCUGCAGGCCAUGGCCAGGGGACACCUGGCUCGACUCAGGUUCAGGGAGGUGAAGGAGCGGCAACUGAGUCCACCAGCUGAGGCGGACGCGGGAGACGUGGAGGACCUCGCCCCAUCAGGACAGGAAGCCGAUGCCCAGGCCGUCUCCGCGGAGCACCCCGAGGACUCCAAGUCGGCCGCGCUGGAUCCGGGGGAGACGGAACGGGAGGACGACUCGGAGCGAAGCCGCAGCACCGACGAGCCGGGCCACAGGAACCGGUCGAAGCGAGAGAGCAGGCGCAUGAGAGAGCUGGAGCAGGCCCAGUUCAGCCUGGAGCUCCUCAAGGUCCGGGCCACCGGCGUCCAAGAAGACCCGGCGCCCGGCGGCGGCGACGACUCCUCUCACCCGGGGGACUCGGCGAGUGGCGGCAGUUUUGAACCGCUCGACGUGGACCACACGGAGGCCGAAGGCCCCGAGACGACCGCCCCCCAAGAACGACCCCGAGCGCCGGACGUCCGGCCGGGGGGCCCCGACUCCGCUGAGGCGGCGCCGACGACGACGGAGCCCCGGGCCACGUUUUACAUCGCCUCGGAUCUAAGCCCGGCACACCACGCCGCGGCGAAACCCCACAGAGAGAGGCGGGAGUCCACGACCCGACGGCCCGUGGUGGUGUUGAUCUCCAUGCAGAAGGAGAGCCCCGUGGAGGAGGAGCCGCUGGCGGCCCCGACCCUGGGAGAGGGAGCAUCAUCAGGCGAGGCCCCGGAGGUGGAACGGCCUCCUGGGACCACCGCCCGGGCGCGGGGGGACGCACCCGGGGAGGCAACGGGGCUGUGCUCCUCGGAGGUGGACGUCCAGGUCGCCGCGGAGCCGGAGGACGGCGUCCCCGCCGCCCCCCCCGGCCAGCGGGAGAGGAGGGCGGCGCGGCCCCAGCAGGAGGCUCCCAGCCCGGCCCUGGACACGAAACCCCCGAAGGCUCCGAAGAAGAGCUCAGCCCAGACCGUGAUCGUCAACAUGGUGGAGAAACCCCCCAACACCGUGUUCUCCCCCCCCAGGCGCAAGCUGCCCUUCUCCAAGUCUGAUAAGGAUCUGGUGAACCAGGAAAGAUCUUUGGCCAGUUUCAGGGAGGACUCUAAAUCGAGAAGCAGAGAGCCGCCUCACAAAGGCCAGAAGAAGAUCCACAAGACCAUGUCAUCGGGGGACCUGGGCAAGGUGGAGGUCCUCAGGAAGACCUCCAGUCAGGACGGAAGCAGGAUGAGAGGAAGGAUCAGAUUCUGGAGUAAGACGAAGCACGGCGAGAAGAAGCCGUCGAGGGAGAAACAGGCCGGCGGGAGCGAAGCUGCAGAAGCACACGAAGCCCCUUCUUCUUCUCCUCCUCCUCCUCCUCCUCCUCCUGCUGCUCCUCACAGCCCAGAUUUAGAGGCAGCUCCGUCUCGGGGGCUCAGGGACAGCAAGGAGAACAAGGAGCCGUCUCCCAAAAUGAGGAGGCGCCGCAGCGUGAAGAUCAGCAGCGUGGCUCUGGAGCCGGCCCAGUGGCAAAACGACGCCCUGCACAUCCUGAGCUCGGCCCACGACUACCGCACCAUGAACGACUUCCUCAUGAAGAAGAUUGCCGACCUGGAGUCCGAGGACGGCAAGAAGGACACCAUGGUGGACGUCGUCUUCAAGAAAGCGCUGAGGGAGUUCAGGAUCAACAUCUUCAACUCCUACUCCACCGCCCUGGCGAUGGACGACGGGAAGAGCAUCCGCUACAAGGACCUCUACGCGCUGUUCGAGCACAUCCUGGAGAAGACCAUGCGCCUGGAGCAGAGGGACUGGUGCGAGUCGCCGGUGAAGGUGUGGGUCAACACCUUCAAGGUCUUCCUGGACGAGUUCAUGACGGAGUACAAGCCAGCGGAGGGCACCGCCGGCAAGGCUCCAAAGCGUGAACGCAAGAAGUCCAGGAAGAAGGAAACCGACAUUGUGGAGGAACACAACGGCCACAUCUUCAAGUCCACCCAGUACAGCAUCCCCACCUACUGCGAGUACUGCUCCUCCCUCAUCUGGAUGAUGGACCGAGCCUGCGUCUGCAAACUGUGUCGCUACGCUUGCCACAGGAAGUGCUGCUCCAAGAUGACCACCAAGUGCAGUAAAAAGUACGACCCGGAGCUGUCGUCGCGGCAGUACGGCGUGGAGCUGUCCCGGCUGACCAGCGAGGAGCGAGCGGUUCCUCAGCUGGUGGAGAAGCUCAUCAACUACAUCGAGAUGCACGGCCUCUACACGGAGGGCAUCUACAGGAAGUCGGGCUCCACCAAUAAGAUCAAAGAGCUCCGCCUGGGGCUGGACACGGAUGUGAGCGUAGUGAGCUUGGACGACUACAACAUCCACGUCAUCGCCAGCGUCCUCAAACAGUGGCUCCGCGACCUGCCCAGCCCUCUCAUGACCUUUGAACUGUACGAGGAGUUCCUCAGGGCCAUGGGUCAGCCUGACCGGCGCGAGGUGAUCCGAGGCGUCUACUCGGUGAUCGACCAGCUGAGCAGGACACACCUCAGCACGCUGGAGCGCCUCAUCUUCCAUCUGGUCAGGAUCGCUCUGCAGGAGGAGACCAACAGGAUGUCGGCCAACGCCCUCGCCAUCGUGUUCGCUCCGUGCAUCCUCCGCUGCCCCGACACCAUCGACCCGCUGCAGAGCGUCCAGGACAUCAGCAAGACCACGGCGUGUGUGGAGCUGAUCAUCAACGAGCAGAUGAGCAAGUACAAAGCUCGUCUGAAGGACAUCAACAGCCUGGAGUUUGCAGAGAGCAAAGCCAAGAGCAGACUGAGCCACAUCAGGAAGUCCAUGAACAAAGGUCGCUUCCGGCAGAGCGGCACCCGCACGCCAUCGCCGCCACUCAGCCCCAGGACGCCCCCUGUGGUGGUGACGGAUGGAGAGAGUGCAGGAGGAGGAGGAGGAGGAGGAGGAGGAGGAGGAGGAGGAGGAGAGGACGCCGCGGAGGCCGCGCUGAACGAGCAGCAGCAGCAGGCGAUGCAGCGGGAAGAGCGAAUCCUCACCGAGCAGAUCGAGAGCCUGCAGAAGGAAAAGGAGGAGCUGACGUACGAGAUGUUGAUCUUGGAGCCGCGGACGUCCGACGACGACACGCCGGAGUCUGAAGCGUCCAUCGGCACGGCGGACAGCUCUGAGAACAUCACCAUGGAGACGGAGGGGGCCACGUCAGACCCGUCUGAGCGUGGCUCGCAUCCAUUCAGAAAGUCCGAGGCGAAGAGCUGGCGAGCUUUCCCCCGUCAGCCCGACUCGGUGGACUCGGUGGACUCGGUCUCCUCCGUGUCCUCCUCCUACCGCCCGUCCUCCUCCCUCUCCUCCAACGCCUCCGGCUCGCCCUCCCCCCACUACCGCUUCCGCUCCUCCUCCUCCGGGCCCCUGCUCACCUCCUGCGGGUUAGGCGCCCCGCUGGUGGCGCCGGCCGAGGCCGAGGCGGCGGCGGGCCGAGGAGCCGGAGGCAAGACCCGGCACCGCCUCCGGCUGAGCCGCAGCUCGCCGCGAGAGCCCUCGGGGGGGGGCCACCGCAGGGAGCCGGACUUCAGCUCGGGGCCCCAGCAGCUGGUUCUGUACGGCAGCAACGAGUUCAUGGUGUGAAGCCGCCGUGGUCGGGGGGGGGGUUGUUUAAGGUGAGGCCAGUGUUGCCUGCUGCCGUUCCCCCCCCCACUCUCACCCCGGUCCAAUCGGAGCAGAACACCGUGGGAGUAAAAGACGAGCGUUGACGUGACACAGAGGGACGAGUCGAAGGACGUUGACUCUUGAUCUCAUGAAGCCAAAUCUUACAGAGCCCCCCCCCCCCCCACCCCCCAUCCCCCAUCCCCCUCCCGUCUUUGUCUCUCAGCAUGAGGCUGGGGGGGGUUAAGCCCCCGUAACAAGAUGUAGCCAAACCGACUGACUCCGCGUUCACGUUUACACGGGACGUCAUCGCGCUUUUUCCUACCUUUAGUUAAAGAGUCUGUACAGAAAUGUGUUUAUUAUUAUUAUUAUUAUUAUCAUUGUUGUUGUUGUUAUGUUACAGAGGAAAACAACGUGCACUCCAGUGCUGCUCCGGGGUCGUUCCUUGUUGAUUGGUCUCUACUUCCUGUCGUUGUUGUUGUUGUCUGUUUCAAUGCGUUCGUUCGGUUCACCUUCUCUUCUUCUUCUUCUUCUCUCGCUGAGCCUCGCGUGUCCUCAGACUGUUGAGGAAUAAUAAUACUUAACAGAAGGAAAGGCCGUGGGUCCAUGUAAACAAUAAUGUUUACCUUCCCUGAGGUGUCACACGUCCAUUUAUUCACAGGUGGGUCCUGCGUUUGGUUCCAUUUCCUUCAGAAACAUCAGUGUUACUGCAUCAGAACUUGAAUUGUUUUCUACAUACAAACAUGUGUAUAUACAUACGUAUUAUACGGAUAUAUAUUUAAGUAUAUAUGUACGAAUAUAUGUGUAUAUAUAUAUAUCAUUAAUGUAUUAUAGGUGUUGUUUAUUGAUAUCAAAGAUAUCAUGUUUUUGUCUUCAAUAUUGUUUCAUAGUUUAUUUUUGUUCAGAUGAAAGCCAUUUUUUUCCUUUUUGUUUGUCUGUGUGUUUGUUUGUUUGAAAGAAUGAAUGAUUGCAGCCACUGUAUCAGCCCCACGUUGUGCACGUGUAACACACACACACACACACGCACACACACAGAGAAUUCCUGUAAAGCUGAAAAACACCCUGACAGUAAAACUGGAGCGUUGUGAAAUGUUUGACACUCACUCCGUCCCGUCUUCUUCUUACUACGUCAGCAUCUCCUCCACCCUCCACGUCUCUCUCUCUCUCCCUGCCACAACGGCACCCCCCCCCCUCCCCCUCUCCCCCUCUCCCCCCUCCCACCAGAUGUAUUUAAAAGGAGUGAAUGUAGUGUCACUGGAAGGCAUGCUGUGCUUUCUCUGGUCUGUUUUUUUUUUUGUUCCUCUUUUAUACACUAUGUACUAUUUAUGAUCACGCUUUUUGGGGUGUACAUUGGUUUAAAAGAAUCUGUUAUAAAAAGGUGUUAUAAAAGGAUAUAUUAUCCUGUGUAUGGUUCAUUAUCUACUAUUAAUCAUAGCAACAUUUUAAACAUGCCACACUGGGCGUGUCAUGUUUGUGCUACAAAGCGAGUAAAGUAAAAAAAAAAAAGAAAGAAAGAAAGAAAAGAA